GAUGCCUUACGUAGCUCCGGAGCCUCACUUUGCUGAGGCUGGUUCAGUGGGCGCCGCCACCGAGCUCUCUCUGAGCAGCAGCCCCGGGCACGGCAGAGAGGCCAGCGCAGGACAGAAGGCGAUCUCUAGAAAGCAGGUAUCUGCAUGACUUCUUCAGUAUUCUGCUAUCCUGUCCUCUCACCACCUCCACCCCCACCCCUCGGAGCUACUGAGGGGGACGGUGGGCAGAGAGUAAGCCUGGACCAGCGACUAUUCUGAUGUUCUAGCUGGGUUCCAGGCAUCCACCUUGCACGAGGCCAGGGGGCCAGACCUUAAGGAUGCUCCGCUAAAGGCGACCAGACAGCGGUCUCCACCGAGGUGAGGAGCUGCAGGCACGUGAUCGCAUAGGCGGGCUCUGACUUCUGGUCUCAGCCUCUUGAGUCCGCUUUCCAAAUCUCUAUGGAUACCUAGGCUGUGUGGCUUGCAGCCCAAGUGUCCUCCUCUCUGCCACUGUCUCCUCUCACUGGCUGGAGAUUGGGGCCAGGUUCACAGGCCAUUGGCAGAAUCCUUUCUACUGGCCAGUGGUGGCAAACAUCUAGACUGACUCCAGUGGCCUCAGUGGCUACCAAGUCUGAACGCAGGUGUCCUGAGCCAGCAAUGGAUCUGCCUGUAAACUUGACCUCCUUUUCUCUCCCCACUCCCUCCUCUUUGGAAGCUAACCGCACCCUGAGCACGGAAGACCUGCGCCCUAGUCGGCCCUUUCUUUCAGUUUUCCGAGUGUUAGUCCUGACCCUGCUGGGCUUUCUAGCCGUGGCCACAUUCGCUUGGAACCUGCUGGUGCUGGCCACCAUCCUCAGGGUACGCACCUUCCACCGCGUGCCACACAACCUGGUGGCGUCUAUGGCCGUCUCGGAUGUGCUGGUGGCUGCUCUUGUCAUGCCACUGAGCCUGGUUCAUGAACUGUCUGGGCGGCGCUGGCAGCUGGGCCGGCGGCUGUGCCAGCUGUGGAUCGCUUGUGACGUGCUCUGCUGCACCGCCAGCAUCUGGAAUGUGACAGCAAUAGCACUGGACCGCUAUUGGUCCAUCACACGCCACCUGGAGUACACACUCCGUGCUCGCAAGCGUGUCUCCAAUGUGAUGAUUCUGCUUACCUGGGCGCUCUCCGCCGUCAUCUCUCUGGCCCCGCUGGUCUUCGGCUGGGGGGAGACAUACUCUGAGCUCAGUGAGGAAUGCCAGGUCAGUCGCGAGCCUUCCUAUACGGUGUUCUCCACUGUGGGCGCCUUCUAUCUGCCGCUGUGCGUGGUGCUUUUCGUAUACUGGAAGAUUUACAAGGCCGCGAAGUUCCGCGUGGGCUCCAGGAAGACCAACAGCGUCUCCCCCGUACCCGAAGCUGUGGAGGUGAAGGAUGCCACUCACCAGCCCCAGAUGGUGUUCACGGUCCGCCGUGCCACUGUUACCUUCCAGACAGAAGGGGAUACUUGGCGCGAGCAGAAGGAGCAGAGGGCCGCCCUCAUGGUGGGCAUCCUCAUCGGCGUGUUUGUGCUCUGCUGGUUUCCUUUCUUUGUCACAGAGCUCAUCAGUCCCCUGUGCUCCUGGGACAUUCCUGCCAUCUGGAAGAGCAUCUUCCUGUGGCUGGGCUAUUCCAACUCCUUUUUCAACCCGCUCAUCUACACAGCGUUCAACAGGAGCUACAGCAGCGCUUUCAAGCUCUUCUUCUCUAAGCAGCAGUGAGAAGCCAGAUGGGAGUGCCUUCUUCGCAGAGCUCAGUGGACUAUCCUGUCCCAUGAACCUUUGCGGUCUCUCCCAGCAAUGCUGAGGACAAGCUCCUUCUGCCAAGGGCACGAGGGUCACAUCAGAGCUC